CUUCUCUUGUUUUCGAAUAAAUAUUUAGAUAUCUCACCAGAGAAGAUACCAGGAUCAUUACUGGAGGUUACGAAGCUGAUCACAUCAUAUUUAGACUUCUUCGAUUUGGCGAGAGUUGGCUGGCUCAGACGCGGACCAAGUUGUCGAUAUAUCCCUUCUUAUUUCGUUCUCUUCAUAGAUUCCCUUCAACCCUACAUUUUGGCUACCAUGUUUCUCCCUUAUUCGCGUUAUUUGAGCAGGAUGCUCCUCCAUAGACCCAAGUCUUUGUCUCUCAAUCUCCGUCCACUAUGCUCCCUGUUCUCGUCAUCAGCAAGAUGCAAUGGUUACGACGACACUAUUCAGAACUUAAAGAUCGGAAAGCACACUCGCGUCAUAUUUCAAGGAUUCACUGGCAAGCAGGCUACGGCCAACGCAAAAGAGUCGAUAGAAUGGGGAACCCAGAUUGUGGGAGGAGUUAAGCCAAAUGGAUCAGGCGAGCACCUAGGUCUUCCGGUCCUCCCUUCGGUGCGAGCGGCAAUGGAGCAGCUGAAGCCAGAUGCUACUGGAAUCUACGUUGCGGCACAUCAAGCUCCUGCAGCAAUAGAGGAAGCAAUUGAGGCAGAGGUACCAUUGAUUGUAGCCGUUGCAGAACAUAUCCCUUUGCAUGAUAUCAUGAGGAUACACUCGAUGCUUUCCACGCAGUCCAAGUCUCGAUUAGUCGGCGCCAACGCACCUGGAAUUAUCUCUGCAAUUGGGCACUGUAGGAUUGGCUUCCAGCCUCUUCCUACUUUUUUACCUGGCCACAUUGGUAUCGUGGCUAAAUCUGGUACUUUGUCCUACGAAACUGUGGGCUCACUGACUCGAGCCGGGUUAGGACAGAGCCUCUGCAUUGGAAUGGGCGGAGAUGUGAUCGCCGGAACUAAUUUCGUCGAUGCUUUGCGGGUUUUUGAGCAUGACAAUGAUACUGAAGCUAUCAUAAUCAUUGGGGAACUAGGUGGCACGUCUGAAGAGGAAGCUGCGGACUGGAUAGCGGAUUAUAGGAAGCGGGUUAGAGAUCCAAAGCCGAUUGCUGCAGUCGUAGGUGGAUUCCAAGCAGCUCCAGGGCGAGUCAUGGGCCAUGCUGGUGCUUGGACCGGCCUCGGAGAGGGGACUGCUGAAUCUAAGUACAAGGCACUCGAAAAUGCUGGAGUAACCAUGGUUGAUCAUCCUGCAAAAUUCGGAGGAGUCAUGAAAGAAAUCCUUGCCAUAUCCGGGAGAGACGGAUUUAAGAUUCAAUCAGCUACUCAAGCCCAACAACGUCGAUCCUACCAUACUUCCCGACUCCCAACUCGCCCGCGACCUCCUCCCGCAACUGUCCAGUCAUCCCGUCAACAACGUCUUCUCCAUCUGACAGCAGACCAAUCCUCCUCACUACUAAAAUCCUACAAGAUCCCUAUCUCUCCUAAACCGUUUCCCGCCCCGGAAUCAACACACUUUCUUGGAAUAACCGUCGCACGCUCCGCCCGCAGUCCCUGCAUUAUCGCUGCGCCCACUACGAAUCCAGAGCAACUCCAUUACCGUGUCCAACGAUUUCCAUUUGACUUCCGCAAUGGCCCGUCCCAGGAUACAAUUCAAUCUGCACUCUCAUACCUGCAGCUCGACGCCGCACCCCUCAAAGCAAAAACCCAGGUCGUCGAGCUAAUGCAAAAUCUCUGGAAACUAUAUCGCGAAAAAGAAGCCAUCAUCGCGGCCGUCUCGCUCUCUCUCUCAAACAACCAAGAUGAACUCAUCGUGUACAACCCAUACCUCUACUUCGACGACGCAGCCUUUAAAUCUAACAAACGGCAAUCCGAACUCCAUAAUCUGCGUGACACAUCCACAGUUCCGCCGACCGAGCUCGAAGCCGAAAAAAGCGGCAUCGUAUUCAUCCCUCUAGUCUCCCCUUCCCCAUUCUCCACCUCCACACAAACGCCUCCGACCAUCUCCGCAGAAGCCCCAACCAACCUCAUCGGCACCCUCGUCAACGGCGCCGGCCUUGCUAUGAACACAAACGACGUCCUCCACCUACGUCUCUCCUCCCCCCAAAAUCCCUCCCUUCCCUCCACUUCCUCCGCCAACUUCCUCGACACAGGCGGCAAAGCGACCUCCCAAACCAUCUCCACUUCCUUCAAGCUUAUUCUCUCUGAUCCGCGUGUUUCCGUCGUCUUCGUGAAUAUUUUCGGGGGCCUAACGCUGUGUGACAUGAUCGCCGAAGGCAUCAUCCUCGCGUUCAAAGAAGUUGGUGUCGAGAAACCGGUGGUAGUGAGAUUGCGGGGCACGAAUGAAGAGAUGGGGAGGGAGGUGUUAGAGAAAGCGAGUUUACCGAUAAGGGCGUUUGAUGAUUUUGAGGAGGCGGUUAAAGAGGUGGGGCGACUAUCUGGUGGGGGAAGGCCGUAACGGGGGGGCAUAUGGGAU